AUUUUGUUGUAAUCUUAUAAAACACACACGUAUGAAACAAAAUACAGAAUAUAAUACUGAUGGUUAUUCUACAGAUAACAUCGCCAAUGUUUUAUCAAUAUGUUUAUAUACCGUUCUACAGAAAAAGUAAUUCCACUGUAAUCUGAUAUCUACAGUGCAUUACUGAACAGCCAUAGAUAUAAAGGUUAUAGGCAUAUAAACCUGUUGCAGUGCCAACGUGUAUAUACAUACUGUGCUAAUAUACGUUAAUUAUUUCAAGGUUUGGGAUUUAUUAGAUCUAAUUAUUGGUCAUUAGAGGGACAUACGAUAGUGAUUUUUUUCGAAGUCAUUUCGAGAGUUAAGUUGUGUUUGACCCGCCGCUUGUUGUGACCUCUUAGGAAUUUAUUGGAAUUUAGUAUUUUUUCAUAUGGAGUUAUGAAAGGGAUAUAAUCAUUGUUUCCAAAAGUUUUAUUUAUUGUGUGUGUAAUUUUUGUUGACAUGGCAGACGUUGAAGAACCAAAAGAUAGUCGUUUUGAUGACGUUGACCUUGAGAGUAUUUUAGCAAGGGUAGAAAGACGAGGACCUUUGACCUUUACUAGGAAGCGAUGCUUAUACCGAGCUCCAGAGUUCGUCAAAAAAUUACCGAAAGAGGAAACAGUCGAAGAAGGCUCAACAGUAAAGUUUGAAUGUAAAGCUGUUGGCUUUCCUAAACCUACAUUAAACUGGACUAAAGAUUUAGAAAUAUUACCAGAUAAUCCAAGAAUUACAUUCCAAUACGGAGAAUUAGGUGAGGCCUCUAUAGAGAUACAGAAGAUUAAAAAAUCGGAAGAAGGUAGUUACCGAUGUAAAGCGGAAAAUGCCGAAGGUUCAGCCUCAUCUUCAAUCUAUAUCUCGAUCAAAGCAAAACCUAAGUCUCCUAAGAGGUCACAAGAGCGGGUCACUUUCACCUCAACCUUUACUCCUAUCCCAGAGAGGAUAGACGAAGAGGAAAGAGAGGCAGAGGAAAUCAGGAAACAACCAAAGUCACCACUUACCUACUUGUACGAUGGGGUCACCAUCAAGGCACAAUCAUGGCCGGAUUUUCUUGGCAACUGGGCUUUCCUAGCAUCAGGUACCAGCAAUAUUUACGACAACUUGGACUACAUCGACGACGAAGACGUAUUUUUACCAGGAUUGGUAGAAAAUUCGGACAACGACAUUUACAACUGCGGCACGGAUAAGGAUUCGGACAAAGAAAACAUUUUCGAAAAUGACCUUCAAAAUACCCCAAUUCCUAAUCUGGUAUUCGAAAAUAAAAAUUUGACAAACUUGAAAUCAGAAAAAAAUUCAAACAGUUCAAUUAUAUUUUGUGGAGGAUUGGUCAAAGAUGAAAAUGCAAACCAUCGGUUAUUGGUAAGCUGCAAGUCCAGCGAUCAACACUCGAACGAUAAUCAAAGGAACAUCGGUACCGACUCAGAGUUAAGUUGUGUUGAUAAUAUCCAUUCGUCAAAGUUAAAAUGCUCUGUCAAACACUCAGAGAAUUCAAAAAAUAAUAAACAUACAAAAUUAGAUUUAUCAAACGGUAGUACAAAGAAGUUUGUAGCAGAGAAAAGUAAGCCGAUUAGCGAUAAUCAAAAACAUUCCAGGAGUAGUUCAAAUAAGUCAAAAAGUGCAAGCUCGUCAAAACGUGACGAAAUGUCGUCGUCAGUAUCAUCGUCUCAAAAACGUCCAUUAAUGUCAAAACAAUCAUCAUCCCUUCAGAUGCCUUUAUCAGCAACGAAAAAUGUGUUGAACAACAAUUCAACAAAUAAUAGUGAACGUGUGUACAAUCUAAAUUUAAUGCUGUUUUGUUUUCUUAUUUCCGGUAUAACAUUUGCAGGAUUAUGCGCAGAUGUUGCUCCUUUGAACUUUGUAUUCUUAAUUUUUGCUGGACAGCUAAUUUAUAUGUUACUGAAAUACCUUUGUAAUUACUCAUAAUUGUACACAAAUUCAUUAUGUCAGGGUAAGUGUUUCCAUUUGAAGGUCAUUGUUUUUCGUAUGCUACACAAAGAUGUUUUUCAAUGAAGAAUGUAACUCAUUCGUCACAACUCGGCCGAUUCCGUUCCUUCAUCUGGAUAGAAGAAGAGUAGCGGAUUCACACAAGGAUUGCCGAUUGGAAUGUAACAGAGACAAAACAAAUAUAAAAAUACCAUUGAAAAGGAUUUAUAAUCGUCAUAUACUAGUAAAUAAAUGGUAUACGUGGUAAUUAUUAAAAUGAGUUUCUAUUGCUCAUUUUUCAUAGCGAGGUUCGAUAGCUUUAGAACAUCCGUCAAUUACAUUAAAAAAAAACUCAUGAAUUCUGUGUAUUCGUAGAACGAUUAUCGAAAAGGUAUUGCACUUUCAAUUGUAUUUUUAAACGCUGUGCAUCAAAGUAAGUCAAAGGUCGAUAUGUUAUUAAAUUGUAAAUAUAUUGUGGUUAAAACGUGUGUGUUGAAACACGUAAUAAUCGUGAUUAAAAUUUCUGUCGAAAGUCUAAAAAAAUAAAGUGUUCACGUUUAUUUGUGUAUUGUUUCAUGUAAAGAUAUUUUUAUACAUGUGACAGCAUUAUUUUCAUAGCAAAACUAUAAUAUAUAGGUGUUUCAUCAGGUUGAAUGAUAAAAAUAAAUUAUGCAAAUGCUU